AUGGUUGACCGUACUGCCGAUGUGGUCGUAGAAGUAGCACAUCACGAUUCUUUAGGCAGAACUGUUUUCCGACCAGUCGAGAGUUCCACACCAGAACCUCGGAGACCGGCACAAUCGUCAGUUCCUGCGCCUGAGAAAAAACUGACCCUUUUUGCCUUACGACUCGCUGUUCUUGAAAAGGUUGCUUCAGGGUUGGGAUCUUUAGGAUUCGUGUGGGCAACAGUUGUUCUUCUUGGUGGAUUCGCUGCGAGUUUAGAGACAACAGAUUUCUGGUUUGUUACAGUGAUUCUUGUCGUGGAAGGAGCUCGGAUUUUCAGCAGAAGUCAUGAGCUUGAGCUUCAGCAUCAGUCUAAAUACACGAUCUCUGGAAUCAACAGCUUCCGGUUUCUUGUCAGACAAGUUAUCCAAAUAUUCCACCAGCCGGUUCAGAUUCCUGGUAGCAGCGAUCGUACAGACGAUGCAGCGGUUCAAGAAACGAGAAGAGAGCAGAGGAUCUUAGCGCAGAUCUCGCGGACAAGGACAUGGACAAGCUCAGAUGUUCCUAUGUUGCCUUACACAGGAUGGGUUUUUGUUUCAAGAAACGUUAGUAGAGUCUUUUACUGGCUCCAGAUUGCUUCUGCUUUCGCCAGCAUUGUUAUCUCCAUGAUGAAGCUCAUCAAGCAAGACUAUGGAGGCAGCGACUUGAAACCCAAAAGCACAAACCUUCACGCUGCUUUGACUCUCUUCUACUCUCUAGCCCUAGCCGAGGCUCUUCUCUUCCUUGCUGAGAAAGUUUACUGGGAAUGGAUGAUCAGCGUUUUCAAGAUCCUUGAGAAAGUGAAUAAAGAGUGCGGUCUCGAGAGUUUUGGAACGGAUUCGGUGAGAAGAUUCUUCUACAAUGCUUACUCAAGAUCUCUAAAUGGGAGCAUCUUCGACGGAUUGAAGAUGGAUAUGGUGGAUUUCACCAUGGAGCUUUUGCUGUCGAACUCUCCUGAUGAGCAGCUCAUUGGAGCAGAGAUCCUCUGUAGAUUCUCCUCACACGAAAACUACUCCGUCGACACUCUGCAGAAGAUUGGGACUAAUCUUGAGAUCACAGAGAGGUUAGUUGAGAUGUUGAACUGGAGAAACAAGAAUCAAGAAGUCAUGAGAAUGUCAUCUGCAGAGAUACUCUCAAGAUUGGCUAGCAAGAAACAGAAUUCUCUCAGAGUUGCAGCGAUCCCGGGAGCGAUUGAGUCGAUAUCAUCUAUCUUAGAGAGUACUAGAGAUUCGGGUCAAGCCACUGAUGAGAUUGGAGAAAACAGUAUCAAUCAAACCGAUCUAUGGACGUUCAACAAUCUUGGACUGUUGAUACUGCAAAGGCUAGCUCGAGAUCAUGAUAACUGUGCGAAGAUUGGGAAAACAAAAGGGUUACUUUCAAAGAUCAUUGACUUCACUUACGCUGAGAAAAGGCUGUUGAAUGAUCCAAAUGUUGCGGCUAUGGAAUCUGAUAAGCUAUUGGCUGUGAAGCGUUCUUUGAAGCUGUUAAGGAAGCUGGUGAAAACAACCGGUCCAACGGGGAGAAUCUUGAGGAGAGACAUCUCUGGUGUUGUCUUCACAGUGAGCAACAUUAGGGAAACAUUACGCCAUGGAAAGAGACGACCUGAUUUGCAGAAGCUAGGUGCAGAGAUCUUGACAUUCCUCGCGCUUGAUGAAGGUGCAACAGAGAAAAUCGGUGGCACGGGCGGGGUUUUAAGGGGACUUCUAUGCAUAUUCUUGAACGAUGAGGUUCAGCAGAAUCAAACUAGUGGUGUUAGAGCCUCUGCUGGUGAGUCUAUCGCUAUGCUAGCUCAAGGGAGUCGAAGCAAUUGCCAACGGAUCUUGAGAUCAGAUGUUCUUGAGGGACUUGUUAAGGCCUUGAACAAACCGUUGAUUCGGUUGAAUGCAGCGAGAAUCUUGCGGAAUCUCUGUGCUUAUACAGCUCCUGAUCAGUUUAAGGAACAGCUGAAGGAAGUUAAAUCUCCAGGAGCAACAGUUCUUAAGGCGAUAAAGUCUGAAGAAAGUAAAUCUCAAGAAGUUAUGGUGGGAUUAGCACCGCAUAUCCUCAAGUUAAUGAGUCUUGAAGAAUCAAGAACAAUGUUCAAGGAAGCAGGAGUAAGUGAGGAGGAACUAGCCUAUGCGUUAGUCAAGAUUCUCAAGAGAUAUGAACAGCCAGUGCCAAAGGUUCCAAGAAUCAGGAGAUUUGCGAUAGAGCUAACCAUUCAGAUGAUGAAAGCUAAUCCUGAGACGGUCAAGACUUUCCAAGAACUUGGGAUGAAGAAUGAGUUAGAGACAGUCUUUGAGACAGCGGCUGAGCUUGAGAACUUUGACAUAUUCUCAGGCACGGUUGGUUUGGCACGCCAUGGCUUAACGAUCAAUGAGCUCAUUGAAGAAGCAAUGAGGUUAUUGAGUUAA